UGGCAGGCUGGAGUCCGGGUCAGCUUUGGCACCUUUUCCAGUCGGUGACCAACUCCUGGAUUAGUGAGCGUUCGGCUCGCCCCCUCGGCUCCUUCCAGUCUUCCUCCUGCCAUCGGAGCGAACCCGCGCUUGGCAGGCUGAGGCGAAGCGCAGAAAGGAAGGUUAGAAAGAAGAAAAACCUGGCUGUGUCUGGGUGGUGUCUGCAGUGCCAGAAAAGGAGGUGGCGGCGGCGGCGGCGGUGGUGGCUGCGACCACGGCCGCGCGGGACGUGAGGCCCGAGAGUACCAACGGCGGCGGUCGCCGCUCCAGCCCCUCGCGUCGGGGCCGUUAGUCAGCAGAACGCGAGCCCGUGUGCAGGACCAGGGCCGGCGCGAGGCGAGACCCAGGAGCGCGAGCCGACCGUGUCAGGCGCCGCCGUCCUUGCUCGUCCCGGUGCCGGCGGCUGCAGCCCUCGUCCCCCUUCCUCGGCCGGGCCCGCCCGCAGCCCGGGAGAGUCCGGCGGCCGCGCGGAUCGCACCUGGUCAAGGACAGCGCAUCGGCGGAAGUUCUCCGACCCUUUCUGUCCAACGCGUUGGCCGGGGCCCCUCAGGUGCAGUAAAGGGACUGGAACAAAUGUUUGAUCACCCAUAUUCAUGGCAGCAUUGUUCACAAAAGACAGCAUCCAUUGAGAGAUGAAUGGAUAAACAAAAAUGUAUAAUAUAUACAUACAAUGGAAUAUUAUCACCUAAACGAAAAUUGUGACAUGCUACAACGUGAUGAACCCUGAAGAUCUGAAGAUGAAUAAUCUUUCAUUUAGUGAGCUAUGUUGCCUCUUCUGCUGUCCACCUUGUCCAGGGAAAAUUGCUUCAAAAUUAGCGUUUUUGCCACCUGAUCCAACUUACACACUGAUGUGUGAUGAAAGUGGAAGCCGCUGGACUUUACACCUAUCAGAACGAGCAGACUGGCAAUACUCUUCUAGAGAAAAAGAUGCUAUUGAGUGUUUCAUGACUAGAACCAGUAAAGGCAACAGAAUUGCCUGCAUGUUUGUGCGUUGCUCACCCAAUGCCAAAUACACGUUACUCUUCUCACAUGGAAAUGCUGUUGAUCUUGGUCAGAUGAGCAGCUUUUACAUAGGACUGGGAUCAAGGAUUAAUUGUAACAUAUUCUCAUAUGAUUAUUCUGGAUAUGGUGCAAGUUCUGGGAAACCAACAGAGAAGAACCUCUAUGCAGACAUAGAAGCUGCUUGGCUUGCUCUUAGGACAAGAUAUGGCAUUCGCCCCGAAAAUGUGAUCAUAUAUGGCCAGAGUAUAGGGACAGUACCCUCUGUGGACCUUGCUGCUCGAUAUGAGAGUGCUGCUGUUAUUCUUCAUUCUCCUUUGACCUCUGGAAUGCGAGUUGCUUUUCCUGAUACCAAGAAGACCUACUGUUUUGAUGCAUUCCCCAACAUUGACAAAAUCUCUAAGAUAACCUCUCCAGUAUUAAUAAUUCAUGGGACUGAAGAUGAAGUCAUUGACUUUUCACAUGGCCUCGCGUUGUUUGAGCGUUGCCAAAGACCUGUGGAGCCUUUGUGGGUUGAAGGGGCAGGUCACAAUGAUGUGGAACUUUAUGGACAGUACCUUGAAAGAUUGAAACAAUUUGUGUCACAGGAACUGGUAAAUUUGUAAAUUCUGUAUAUUUGCAUACUGGGUUUUCUUUUCUUGCUGAACUGCACUCUUUGAUAAAAAACAUAAAACCUGAAGGUUUUGUUUUCAAAUCAUGUCAGUUGCCUUCAUAAUGUACAGGUAAUGGUUUGUUAACAGACUUAAUGAAGGUUUUAAUUACCAAAACUAGAAACUGGAAAUGACAAUAUCCUGCAGUCAGGCUAUGUAAUUUAUAUUUUUUCUGUGAAUUUUUUUUUAAACAUCAAGAUGAGUACUGUAUGAAAUUUUAAUUCUAUGAAAUCAAAUGCUGUAAAAGUAUUACCAAAUGCUUUUGCAUAUCAAACAAAUUUAUAAAUAUUUUUAAAAUAUCUCAAUGUACUAAAUCUUAUCCUGGUAUAGAAAUGUAAUAUUCUUUCAAUAAAAAGCUCUAUAUCUAAAAUAAUUCAAGUACUCAAAAUAGAAUAAACUGUAUGAAAACAUGCAAGUUCACUAGAGAUGACCUAGCCCCUGUUGUACAGGGAUAGAGGUUUAAAGGUCAUUGUAAGAUACAUUGAAUUUUCUGUAUUCCCUGAUUGUCACACAGUUCUCUUUAAAGAAAAAUAAUGUCUGAAAUUUUUUAAGCCAUCUGUUAAUUUCUCAACUAGUUACCUUGUAAAUGAGAAAUCAUGAUAGCACUGAAUUUUAACUAGUUUUCAUUUAUAAGUUUGGUACUAUGAGGCAACUACUUAAACUUUUCAGUAUACUUAUUUAAAAGACAUUUAGAGCUUCAAGAAUGAUUUUGUAUGCAAUGUUUUAAAUUUUGACUUGUAGAAUUGCAGUACUCUUCAUUAAAAGGAAACCUGAAAUCCAAUAGCUGUUCAUCAAGACCACAGACUACUAUUUGGUCCCUUCCACUUUGGCUAUUUUUAAGAAUAGGACCUGUUGUUAUGGAUGGCUGACAAUUACGUGAAUUCACCUCUGGAUUUAGGAGAUAAGAAAACAUUUAAAUCAUAACUUUUAUAUUAACCAAUGUAGUAAAAAAUAAAGCUCACAUACAAAAACUAAGUUGCCUUCCCUUGAAUGAAUCCUGCCUGAAUAAACAAUGAAAGAAAAAUAAAAAUAAAAUUAAUGGUAUGUAGUCUAAUUUGUAAAUGAAUGAAUAUUGAAUAAUACACACUG